AUGUUUGCUAGGCUACGAGGCGUCUUACAUGCAGACCACAGUCCUGAUGACUCUGAUGACUAUGAACUCCUCCUUCCCUCGUCCUCCGACUCCAAUGGCCACGUUUCCCAACCGUCCAAUGGCUCAAUAGCAUCGUCUCCGUACGCUUCUCGACGCAGGCGCACGAAGCUCAUCAAGUACAUCAAGCACUUUUGUACUCUUAGACGACUUCUUUUCGCUGUUGCGCUCGUCCCCAUUCUACUUGUAGCAGCAGUGCUAUGGUCGGGUAUCCCGCCGGACUUCAAGGACGUGAGGGAAUAUGAGCGCCGAUUACCGCAACACAACGGCAAUGAUGCCAUGGCGCGGGGGGACAGAUAUUUGCGAUUUCCAGGGCAUCUAUGGGGUCAUGGCCUCAAUAAUGUCCUUCAAGAAGCUCUUCUCAUGUCCUAUCUGGCGUACGAAGCGAAUAGAUCAUACGUCUUCGAAGACUAUGUAUGGUCUCACACCCCAUUCUCCUACACGCUCUACGACUUCGCAUUGCGCCCAGCGCGCAUACCCCUCAAUGCCUUCAUUUCAGGACCGACAGCCGGGGGUCCCAUGCCCGACGUCGCGGCGGCUGUGAGCUCUUCUUUCUUCGAGAAAGUGUGUCCCAAGGCGUCGCGCAAGGUCAUCAGCUCCAGGGACGCGCCGACGGACGCGGAGGGGAGCAUGCUCAUCAAGUGGUGGGUGGACAAGCUGGAGACGGUGCCCGAUAGAUGCGUGGAAGUUGAUUCAUCAGAAAAGGUCGUCUUUGAUCGCUUCCUGUUUGGUGGGCCAAGGAUCCUGUCUAUACUCCCAGGGAUGUUCUCGUCGCCCAUUCUCUCCCGGUUCUCGUGGUCCCCACUGGUCCUCUCCGCGAUAACACGGAACUUUGCCGUGCUGCGCCCGCAAAAUCUUGACGUGUUACUCUACUCUCCCCAUGCUGGCUCACGUGUUUUCUCAGCUUCGUCUUCACUGAAACAAUCAGCGUCGACCGACGACUCUUCAUCUACAUCAGAAUCUCAUACAUCUAUUUCCACAAGCUCGUCGUCUUCCUCGUCGUCGUCUUCUACGAGCGACUCGUCCACGUACCCUCCGAUGUUCGAGGGCAUGCUCGCGGUGCACAUCCGCCGAGGCGACUACAAGCGACACUGCCCGCGCUUGGCACAAUGGCACUCCAACUACAUGGGAAUCGCACAGCUUCCCGGUCUCCCUGAUCGUUUCGACCCAUCAUCAUUUGAUCAUGACGAGGGAAUAGCGGCUUCAUCAACAGAUGAUGAGGUAGGCAACGAGAGGGAUGGCAACACGGACCCGGAAGAUACGCCACAUACGCGCGAAGAAUACUACCUCGCCCACUGCCUCCCCUCUGUUUCCCAAAUCGUCAAACGCCUCUCUGCUGUCCGCAGGGAACACAACUUACAACAACAAAACCAAGAUACAAAUAUGACGCUUGCAUUACCACCGUUAUCAAAAGUAUACGUCCUCACCAACGGAUGGUCUUUUUGGCUUUCGCAGCUGUUCGAAAGCCUGAAGGCAGAUGGAUGGGAGGACGUAGUGUCGUCAUUCAAUGUUGAAGGGAAUUUAGAUCGCGAGCAAAAAUAUGUGGGGAUGGCUGUGGAUAUGGCGAUAGCGGAGAGGGCAGAAGUGUUCGUUGGUAAUGGGUUCUCGAGUCUAUCUGCUAACAUAAUUUUAUUGCGCAUGGCGCGGGGGAUGGAUAUACGCACUAAUAGAUUUCUGUAA